CUUAACAAAUUUGUCCGCGGAACAUCCGUACGCCUGCGCCCGGUUCUCAGUCCAGCUGAUCCGCCUCCGGCUGGGCUGCCCCAGGCUCCUCCAGGAUCGCAGUCAGACGCCGUUCAGAGUAUCAGGUCGGGGAGAUUGUCACAAUCUGCAGAACGCACCGUCUGCAAGCUGAACCAGGAGAUCAGGGACAUGAAAAACCAGAGGGUUCAGCUGAUGCGUCAAAUGAAAGAAGAUGCUGAGAAAUUCAGGCAAUGGAAACAGCAGAAGGACAAGGAAGUGAUCCAGCUGAAAGAACGGGAUCGCAAGAGGCAGUAUGAGCUCCUCAAGCUAGAACGUGAUUUCCAGAAGCAGGCCAAUGUACUUCGGCGGAAAACGGAAGAGGCAGCAGCCGCCAACAAGCGCCUGAAGGAUGCUCUGCAGAAACAACGGGAGGCUGCCGAGAGACGGAAGGAAACUCAGAACCGGGGAAUGGAAGGGGUUGCUGCUCGAGUCAAAGUAGGUGAUACAUGUUGUGCAUUCCACCAAUGAGCAAAUGGAGUUUCAGCUUGGUGCUGCUGGGGUUGACGCUGGAGAGCAGAGGGGAGAAACAUGGGGUUACCUGUUAAAGGAGGCAAUGUGAUUAUUGAAUUUGUCUACGAAGGCGUUUCAGAAGGUGCAGUUCUG